GGAACCAUGACAGAAGAUGACGGAUACAGUUGUCGCGGAGGGACAAGUCAAAUUUAGAGAUGGAAAAAAGUGGAAGACGCGUUGGGUCGUGCUUCGAAAGCCCUCUCCGGUCGCAGACUGUCUGUCUCUGCUGGUGUACAAGAAGAAGAAGAAGAAGGGGAAGGAGAAGGGCGUCGGCCAGGAUGAGAGGCUCAAUGUAACUCUAGAGGGGAUCUGUGGAGUGGAGCCAGGACAGGGCUAUGACGGAAUAUCCUACACACUCUCCAUCCUCUGCCUUGCACACACACUGGUGCUUGGCUUUCACAGCCGAGAGGCCCUGCUGGCCUGGGAUGCCCGUAUACGCUACAGCCUGGGUGAAGUACACAGGUUCAGUGUCAAUAUAGAACCAGGUACUAAACUGGAAAGUGGCCCCGCCUCCCUCCACCUGUGCAACAACCUGCUGGUUCUCACCAGAGGGCUACCUCCUGUCAUCAGUGGCCACUGGAAGUUGUCAGCGUUGCGCAGAUAUGGCGCUGUGCCAAGUGGCUUUGUGUUUGAGGGGGGAACCCGCUGUGGAUAUUGGGCUGGUGUUUUCUUCUUGUCUUGUUCAGAGGGGGAACAGAUCAGUUUCCUGUUUGACUGCAUCGUCAGGGGCAUCACCCCCAGCAGGGGUCCGCAUGGCCUGCAGCCUGCCUUACCAGCGGAUCCCAACACUGACCCAGCAUCAACAGAAGAACGAAUCAGCCAGGAGGCAUCUGAGCUGGAGAAAAGACUCAGCAGGUUGUCCAACUGCAGUCUGGCGAGCAGCACAGCAUCCACUUACAGCUGCAGCACAUCUGUUGCCGGGGACGACCACAGCAGUGUCUCCAGCUCAUCCUCCAGCCAAUCUGAUACGAGCUAUGGCAGCCGACUUCCAUUUUGGGUGGAGCCAUUAGCUAGACCGCACCUCUCCAAUGAGACGGCCUCCAGCUGCUCCACGCUGAAGGCCUUAAUGGGCUCUGAAGACAGGCUCUAUGCUGCAGUGACGGGGAGCUCUCGUCCAUCUUCUGCCCAGCUCCACCAUCGCGGCCUCCACGCCAGUGGGCGACAGAGUUCACUGGACAGUGGCAUCGGCAUAGCAACAGGCAGCCAGUCAUCUUACUCAGGGAGCUUCUCCUCGUACACGGGGAGUCUGGACACUGGAAGCCAGGGCGGAGGGGAGGAGUUCGGCUCUGUGGCCAGCCUACCUGCUCCCCCUCCAUCUGUACCUCCCCCUCCCCCAACUUCUCCACCCCCUCCCCCUUCUUCUGUUCAGGCCACCCUAGAGCACGGUCCUGCUACCUCCUCCUCUUGUCCUUGUGCCUCCAGAUGUAGUUCUGUUGCAUCCCGUAGGUACAGUGAUGAGUAUCAGAUCCCUGGCAUGUGUAGACUGCGGUAUGACACUCCAAGGAGUCUGCUCCAGACCCUGUCCCUGAGGGAGCCCUCCACCCAGGGAGCCCUUCCUGAUCUCAGUAAGGACCUUAGAAACAGUGGGCAUGGGGGUGGCAGUGUGGGACAGUGGUGGAGCAGCUGCCCCACAACAAGUGUGCAGCGUCAGGCUAUGAUGCAGCGCUCCUACUCCUGGGGCAGUGAGAGGGCGCCCUCUGUGGACAGUGACGGAAGGUCCACACCCAGAUCCAUGCUGGUACCUGGCUGCUUAGCUCCUGGAGAAACACAGUGCAGUCACGGUUCAGACAACUACGUUACACCAGAGCAGUGGCGGUCAGCCAGGAACAAAUGUUUGACACAGGUUACAAAUUGUGCCUCAGAGCCGUCAUCUCCUGCAUAUGAACGAGAUGCUGCUCUCUGUCCGACAGGUGAACAUGACUGUGGUGCUGCUGGUAAUGUGACGGCUCAUCUGGAGACAUCCAUGCCCUGUCUGCCACGGCCUGUUCCACCAGCUCUGCCCGUCAGACCCACAGCAGCCUGUAGUAUGUUCCAGACUCAAAGUAAUGCUUUCUGCUCCGUCUCCUUGGACACCGGGCUUCGUACAGACAACACUGUUCAUUAUGUCAACAUCCCCAUCAGCCCUCUGCUGGCUAAAGCUAGCAGAGAGCUCCUGUACACAGAGCUGGACCUGCAGACUCCCAGCUCAGCUCCAGUGUCCAGACUUGACAGCACUGGCAGAGGUAACACUCAGCUGUUUUCCUCUUCAUCUCAGGCCUUUCAAUUAAAAUUUGCUUUCCCGCCUGAUUUCCCAGAGGACGACUCCAUCAGGUAUGCCCACCUUGACAGCACUGCCAUGGAAACAGCUCAGAGGGUGGGGGCGGAGCAUAUUCAGGGCAGGGAGGACAGACUGAGUCAGCUGGAGAGCAAGCUGCGAGGGUCGCCUAAGUGACUUUUCAAACUGGAUGAUAUUUCAAAAUCCUUUUCUGUGCCGGUUCUGUCCUUCUCUCUGAAUAAGCUAAUGUUCAAAUGGAACUCUGCGUCAUCCCAGUCACUGUCAUACUGAACACCCACAGGUCUGCCAGGGUACAGAGAUUCCCACUAAACAAUCCAUUCCACUAAGAGGAUAAUAGAAAAUCAGCUGCCAACUUAACUCUUUCAGUGUAAACAUUUGUGUUAUGUGUGUGUACCGUUUUUACCACAUUCAGUUCUUCUUAAAUUAAUUUGCUCAUAAUUCUUGUUAAAUUAGUUUUGUCCUGUGUGACUUUGUUUUGGCUGCAUGGCACUAAUGCUUACCGAGGGACAUAAAUAAAAUGGAUUGGCACCAAACAGAGUCUAGAGACACAUUGUAUAUUGUCAAAUCAUCAGACUGUAAUUUGUUCACCUGGAUCUGCUUCUAUGUGGCUAUACUUACUUUUGCUCUGCUUUUCUAUUUGCUGACAGUUACAGGAAGAGGUCAUGAACUGCCAUUGUUAAAAUUCAAGUGAUUUGUCACACAGUGAGAUUAAGCCCCCUCAUUGCACUGAUGCCUCCUAAUCGACUGUAAGAGUCCCUGCCUGCUCGGCUAUCAUUCCACAUCAGAGCUUAAAAGCCUUCGAUUGAUAAGCAGCUUAGAGUUAUACCUCAGGUGCAAAUUAUAUUAAUCCAGCCUCAUGUGGCCCUAGCAGGACAUGACUGAGUAAUCAGCCAGCAACAAACAUUAUUCAUCUCUGUAAUCAAUGCAUCUGGUCGGUGAGAGGGUAGGAAUUGAUAAAUAGAAAAGCACGCUGUGUGUUCCCAUUUCUCACCUCCCUCAUCAUAUCAUCGAGACAAAUUGUCCAAUAUUUGACUCUAACUUAUUUUUAUGGUGGCUGCUCAUCACCAGUGUGUCUGAGGCAGUGAGGAGGAACUUUACCAAGACAGUUGUUGAAAUCAGUUGGACUGCUUGUAAAUACUACCUGCUUUUGUUUAUGCCAUUACAUAUGAAUUAAUGAUAUCUCUAUUUUUAAAAUAUUAACCUUUGUAUGUUGUUGGCACCUAUGUUACUGAAUAUUAAAAGGUUGCUGCUAAAUUUUCAGCUCAGUGUUGAAGAGUUCUUUCACUGGAUGUGUAGUUGGUUCAUCAUCUUAAGUAACACUAUUGUAUUUCAAUUCUAUAUCGGUAACAGCCUGUGUAGUAUAGGAUUCACAGCUCGUGACAGAUGGGUGUAGACAAAUUGUCUGACCAUUAGUGUGCCAAUAAACCCACGAACUGGACUCAGAGGAUGCGGUUGGUUGGCCAUUCUCCAAGACCUGAACCAGCACUCAGCAGCCAAACCACAUCAUCUGCUGCUGGCCAUCACUCACGCACCACCCACACAGUUUGGCUUCAUGACAGAACAUCUAUGUUUUGUUUUUUUU